AUGACCCAGGAAUUGGAAUUCGGGAGCAAAUUACAGAAGAGGAAAGAUGGGUUAAAACCUAUAUCGAUGGCAUAUGAGAGUGAUGACACCAAAGAUGAAAUUGAUGAGGGCGAAGGUAGCAGGGUCAUUAAAGUGGCCCCUAGGAACCCUAAAAUGGUUGUAUAUGAUCAUGAAGCUGCCAAAGAUCCAAAAGGUAGAAAGAUGGGCAAACCAGUACAUUACUUCAUUGAUUCUACUGGUUGGUUGCGUGAGAAUAUUCCUUUUGAAGAUUCUUCUGGAAGCACGACAGGUUUUGUCCAUGGUGAUUUACGGAUUGAUAAUCUUGUUUUCCAUCCUGUUGAUAAUCUUGUUUUCCAUCCUACUGAGGGAAAACCAUGGCCUCUUGUUGGAAGGAAGUUUUAUAUUGCAUUUUCAUUUUUCCGUGGUGCAACAAUCUUGACAGGUGUCCACAAUAGUGAAGAUGAUUCAAUGGAUGAUAUUGGUGAGAUUCCAAUUCUAUUGGAAUGGAAUCACGAAUUCCAAUUCUGUUGGAAUGGAAUCAUGAAUUUCAGUUCUGUUGGAAUCACAGAAGUUGAUGCUUAAAGAACGG